AUUCCCUAUUUUGCUUAUACUUUAAGAAUAUUCAACUAGGACGAUUGUGAUAGGAGACGCGACUUACACCAUGUUGUCGAGGUUUUUUGUCUUUUUCCCCUUGGUGUUAUCCUUGGUGGCAUUUAUCCUCUCCAUUCUGUGCCUCUUUGCUGGACAUAAUGAAGGCUUUAUGGAAGAGUAUGCUGUAGCACGGCUCAACACCUCAAUGAUCGGUCAAAACUUGAUCGACACCAGCAGCGACGCCUCCACCAACGAGGAAGACGACGACAACCUCUUCGGCAGUGUCAAGGACAAGUGGGAAAAGGCCAAGGAAAAGGUCAAGGAAGAGAUCAACGACAUUACCGGAGAUGUCGCCGACGAGCUGGCCGACAGGCUUGGUGUUUCCGAGUGGUACUCUAUCCAUGUCAUGUCGACGUGCGACGGAGACUUUAAACCCAAUGCCACGAGCCCCGGUGCUGGGUUCAACGUUACCAACUGUACCAACUCGGCCCCUGAGAAACGAUUCAACCUUACCGAGUUGCUUGACCACCAGCUUGAAGUUGGUCCCUUCCAGCUCAGCCUGACCGAUAUCAACUGGCCCGAUGACAUUCAGGACGCGAUCGAUAUGCUCAACUCGGCUCUGCUCGCCUUGUUUGUGCUUUACGUCCUCGGUGUAGGCUUCUCGGGUCUUGCUAUGCUAGGCAGUCUCGCAGCCUUCUUCCUCUUUUCACGCCGUGGUGUCAACGCAGCCAACCUCGGCCUCGCCAGUCUCGCAGCACUGUGUCUCACAGUGGGCAGCAUUCUCGUUACAGUCGCCGGCGACAAGGGCGUCGACAAGAUCAACGACGUUGGCGAUGAUGUUGGAAUUUCCGCAUCUCUUGGCACAAAGUUCCUCGCCUUGACCUGGGCAUCUUCUGGACUCAUGAUUGCUGCGACAAUCUACUGGACGACACACCUCUGCCUCAUGCGACGCGAGAGAAAGCGACAGUGGACACCUCGCAAGGGCAGCUACUGAAUUUCCCUAACGACUAGAAUGAUUCACACUUUCCUUGGUUAAAAAUCGGUUUUGGGGUGGCGGCUAUGAUACCAGAGUGUUUAACUUGUUAAGGGGUUGAAGAAUGGUUUCCCUCUUUUAUGACUUUACACAUUAUACACACAGCCACGCAAUUGGCAUAUGAACAACUAUUAAAUAACAAAUAGUAAUAAGAUAGCUGGUCUAUCCAAAUUGGCUUCAA